AUGAAGUCGGGAAACCGGUACCGUCCGCCAUUUGAUACGAUCCCAUCUGGCACUUUGGCCCACGUACGUUGUAAGCGUCUGGGCAAUCGUGUACUUAAGGACUCCGGCUCGGGUAUGGAAUCCAACUGGGAUCCACAUCCCAUCUGCAUCGCUGUUGCACUCAAUCUCUGCAGAAGCCAGCUUAGCCUCAGUCUCGCACAUUUGUUGCCGAAAGACGGCUUCUUUUACCUCAUAUUCUAA